AUGGGGCACGGCGCGAGUCGGGCUCCGCUGAACGGCAGCGAGCCCGCCCUGUUCCGCGCCGUCGCCCUGGGGGCGAGGAACGGGACCGCGGCGCAGAUGGCGUGGGGCGGCGGCAACGGCAGCGCGGCCGGGCCCUGGGGCGGCGCGGAGCGCGGCGGGGAGCCCGGAUACCGACACUUCGCCACCGCCGCGCAGCUCGUCAUCUUCGUGGGCUCCCUGCUGGGUAACGUCAUGGUGCUGUGGUCAACUUGCAGAACAUCAGUACUUAAAUCCGUAACAAACCGAUUCAUUAAGAAUUUGGCCUGCUCGGGUAUUUGUGCCAGCCUAGUCUGCGUGCCUUUUGACAUUGUUCUUAGUGCCAGUCCACACUGCUGCUGGUGGAUCUACACGAUGCUCUUCUGCAAAAUUGCCAAGUUUCUGCACAAAGUCUUCUGCUCAGUGACCAUCCUUAGUUUUCCAGCCAUUGCUCUUGACAGAUACUACUCUGUUUUAUACCCUCUGGAAAGAAAAAUAACUGAUGCAAAAUCCCGAGACCUGGUUAUCUACAUCUGGGCCCAUGCAAUAGUGGCCAGCAUUCCAGUAUUUGCUGUGACCAAUGUGUCUGAUAUUUAUGCCAUGUCCACCUGCUCUGAAUCCUGGAGUUACUCCCUUGGCCACUUGAUCUACGUUGUCAUCUAUAACAUCACCACUGUGAUUGUACCGGUGGCUGUGGUAUUUCUCUUCAUGAUUCUUAUUCGCAGGGCACUGAGUGCCAGCCAGAAGAAAAAAGUCAUCAUAGCUGCCUUAAGGACCCCUCAGAAUACAAUUUCAAUCCCUUACGCCUCCCAGCGAGAAGCUGAGCUUCAUGCCAUGCUGCUUUCUAUGGUUGUGAUAUUUAUUUUCUGCAGCAUCCCCUAUGUGACUCUGGUGAUUUACCGUACCAUACUCAAUGUUUCAGAUAUUUCAGUCUUUCUGCUUCUCACUGCCAUUUGGUUGCCCAAGGUCUCUUUGUUAGCCAAUCCUUUGUUAUUUUUAACUGUUAACAAAUCUGUACGAAAGUGCUUAGUGGGGAUGAUAGUACAGCUGCACCAAAGGUACAGCAGGAGAAACAUUGUCAGCUCAGGUGGUGUUGCAGAUGCUAAUCUGGAGCCCAGUGCCCGUUCAGGGAGCCAGCUUCUGGAGAUGUUUCAUAUUGGGCAGCAACAAAUCUUCAAGCCAACAGAAGACGAGGAGAAUGAAACCAAAUCUGUUGGCUCUAGUGACUUUCAGCAGAAAGAAAUUCCUGUCACCAGUUCAAAAGUAGGACAGACUUCGAUUCACAGAUUUAUACCACAGACAGUUGCAGACUCUGCAGCUCAGGUGGCACCAGCUGUGCCUGCAGAAACUGAUAUGGGAAAUGACAAGUAUUCCAUGCAUUUUGGUUUUGGACCCUUUGAGCUGCCUCCUCAGUGGCUGUCAGAAACUCGGAAUAGUAAGAAGCGACUCCUGCCUCCUUUGGGGAAUACCCCUGAAGAGCUAAUCCAGACAAAGCAGCCAAAGUGUAAAGCAGAAAGAAAAAUCAGCAGAAAUAAUAAAGUCAGUAUCUUUCCCAAGGUGGAUUCUUAGGAGGAAUAGGAGCUUUAAGUGACCGACAAAGGUCACCUAAACUUAUAUAUGUGAUCCCAUGGAUCUUUGCUGUGCUGAAAUCUGUUACAGGCUGAUUUUGUGUGUGUGUGUGUGUGUGUGUGCCAAGUGUAAUUAAACAAACAAAAGGGAAACAUGCAUACAGGUGUUCUUUAUUCAUAUGGUUUCGUGAAAGUAAUAUAUUGAAAGAUCACGAUUUUUGUUUUUAUUUGUGAAAUACCUUUGAUAAUACAUUCCUGAUGAGCUUUCAGAAAGUACAUGUGGCUUUGGGAACAGUUUUCUUAUGGCUGAAGUAUGGAAAUAUGGCAGUCAGUUUGCUGGGAACCUUCUUAUAUUAAGAUGGACUGGAUAUUGAAGAAGCUUAAUAGGAAAGGCUAUAGGGAGCACGAGAGGAUACAAGAUGGAUAAGACCUAACCUCACGUUAGCAGACCCAGCAAGCUUCUUCUGCAUGUUUCAUUAAAGAAGUGAGGAGGACUAUGAAGUAUAUCUAUUAAGCCAAUUUCUGAAAUCAGUGUUAAAAGUAAAACUUACUGGACUCUUACACAGGUUAUUUAGCAAGUAUCUGCUAAACUACACCUUUUUAAAACUUAAACCAAUAUUUUUUGUGUUUAAAAUUUCAGCGAAGCCAAGGAUACCAAAAUUGUCUUGUGUGUCACAAACCCGAGGAUGACGGAUUCAGAAAUAGCAUUUCUUUUUUAAAAAUCGUUCUUGUAGUUCUAAGUAGAAACUGUACUGGAGAAGCCUGACCCUAAUAAACAAGAAUGUACAUGCCAAGGGCAUAAAUGUAACGUUUGAUCUUAUGAUAAAGGAUAUAUAUAAAUGUCCCAACAGGAUUCUGUAAGUAUUGUGUACAUAAGCAAAGGUUCACUCCUUAAAAUUCACUCCUAUCUACUGGUUCACUGAGCUUUGGUUUUUUGUUUUGUGGGAAAGGUAGCAAAUGGAAGAAAACAGUUGGAGUUGCUUACAGACUUGUACUGAAUUGUUGAGUGUGGAAGCUGAUUAUGGACCCCAAAAGGCAAGGUUUGCUAAUGCUGUGGCUCAGUAUUGUUAGUGGGGUUUUCGUUUCACCUUCACCAACAUAAAUACCAGCUAUCAUAUUCCACUUGUCUCACAGAUUCAAUCAACCCGUGUAUGAGACUUCUGAAUCUGGUGCCUAAUUUCUGAUCAAGUCAGAGUCGGCCAUCCCUGGUCUCAGCGUACCAGCUGUCCUUUGAGAGCUCUCUGUUUGUAUCCUUCUGCAGCUCAUCCUCCCAAACUUGUCAUUUCCUCAGUACUGUGUGAAUUUCAAAUGUACCUGUCUAUUAAAUGACCAGGAAACUAUUGUCACCCCAGCUGUAAUCCUUUGGUCAGUUGCAAGUUAGUUGUUCCUUCUUUUUUUAUUUGCAUUCACUGUUGACUCUGGGUGAGAAAAACUGGAAAACACAAGUGACACCCAGCACUCCUCGUGAUUCUCCUGUAGUGUAGCCCUUUGGUGUAUGCUGGAUCUUUACAUGUUAUUAUUGCCUGUUGUGAAAGUAUUUUUCUUUAAAGAAUGCUUUUUGAAGGGACAAGGUGAAUUGUCUUGCUGAGUUCACAGUAACUUGCCAAAUCCAAUUGAUUACUUUUAGAAGUGUGGGAAAAAUUGUGCUGAGGCAGAAUUUGUAGAUGUGCGUAUUCUUCCUUUGAGGAGUAGGAGCAAGUCAGCUGCUUCUGCUAGCUUUGAUGUGAUGGAUUUCUAUAAGACACUCAAAGCAAAUGCUUCAAUUAAAAAAAAAAAAAGAAAGAAAGAAAAGAAAAGAGAAAAAAAGAAAAAUUCUCAGUUACUGUGAAAAUGGUUUUCAGUGUUUGUUCAAGAACUUCCCAGUGUGGAAGAGCAGUCUUCAGUGGUGCAGAUGGAUGGUGGGAACCCAAGCUGCCAUGCUAAGCAGAUGAUGACUGGACUGAGAUCAGGCAGAAGAAAUAAUGCAGGAAAAGCUGUUCCUUCUGUGACAGGGGUAGUAAAGGAUCAUAGCAUACAGGUUUUUUUAAGUACUGAUUAAAAAAAAAAAAGUAUUUCUGAAUUUAAUUAAUAAAGAGUUCAUUAAAGACAUCCCCCAAACAUUAAAAGCAAGGUAGAAGACAGUGUCCUUAUGAGUUUAGAAUAAAUUCGGUAUUUACGGCCUGCUUAUGCAUAAGCGCUGAUCAGAGUCUCUCUGAUUGAUGAAUGUGGGUAAAUGGUUACUUGGAUUGAAACUUCCUCUGAGGAAAACAAACUCAGUAUUGUCCCUUCCAACUCUUAUGUUGAAUGAAAUGCUGAUGGUAAAUUUGAAAAGCCAAACUGAAUAGAAUUUACUUCUAUAUCUGGAAAGUGAGAUAUUUGUGUUGAUUUUGGACUUCUGAGACAAAAUUUCUUUCAAACAGGACAGAUAUGAAAAACUGUAUGCAGGACUUUUUGUUUCUGUUUUUUUGUUUGUUUCUUUUUUAAGCAGAAAUUAACUAAGGUGGGGUUUUUUUAUUAUUAUUCCUGAGAAAUUAUUUUGGAAUAUAACAGGUAAUAUGAUUUUAUUUUGGUCGGUUUAUCUGUAUGAGUUUUUAGGAGAAAUGGGAAAAAUACAUAGAAGCCCAUCUUUGCAUAGAACAAAAAAUAUCUGUGAAAUUCAUAAUGCAUCUUCUGUAGAGAUCUGUAAUCAGAAAAGUAAUUCAGGAGAUGCCUUAUGCAAGACAGAAUAUUUGUCUUGUACAGUUUGAUUUCCUUGAAGGCAGUAGUACCUUUGAGACUCUGCUGCUGUUGGCUUGUUGUUCCAACAAUUUCUACCAGACAAAAUGUUCUUUGGUAUUCAGUAGGAAAAAAAAACACCAAGACUUGUUUUAUUCUUUAUUAUUGUACUAAAGAAUAGCAGUUGUUGUUGUAACGGUUGUUUUUAAGAUACAUUCUUCUCUCCUGAUUACUGGUGAAAGAAAGUAAAGUGCCAAAUGAAGCUGUGGGGGCAGAAGAAAGGAAAGCCUGGGGUGAUUUGUGUGAAAAUGGAUUCAAAGGAUAAAUCUUAAUUCUGGAGAAUAAACUUGAAGGAAAGAUGGAAAUCACUUUUCCGCCAUUUAGAGAUGAAAAAUGGAAAACAGAGCUCAUAUUAAACGGAGGAAUCUUUUAGAAGGAGAAAAAGACUUAAGGGAAACAUGUCAAUGUACUGUUUUGAAAAUAUUGUUAAAUUCAAAUA